AGAGACAAAUAGCUGUUAUUGAGAAGCUUUUCGCGCUCUUUUUUAACUUAAUCUUAGUCAAAACAAAGUUUCAGCGUUCUUAUCAUUCAAAGAAAUGAUUGGUUUGAUCCGUCGUGUCAUUUUUUUCUGAUUGCUGCUUUUUGGCGUCAACAAUCCCGGCUGUAAACAGACUUCACCUGCGCCGGAUUUGUUUGAUCUGAUUGGGUCGUUUGGCCACUUUUAAUUGGCUGCUUUACACGUCGAGUGGUUGGUGUAACAUGAUGUACAGCAUGAUGGAGCAUGAGUUAAAGGCUACAAGUCAACCUCAUUCGCACCAGAACAGUCCAGGAAUGUCUCAUCCAGUCAAUGCGCACGCCGGAUCCAAGACCUCUUGUCCGCAAGGCGGAGACCCUAUGGAUAAAGUCAAGCGCCCUAUGAACGCGUUUAUGGUGUGGUCCCGGGGUCAGCGAAGGAAGAUGGCUCAGGAAAAUCCCAAAAUGCACAACUCUGAGAUCAGCAAACGACUCGGGGCGGAAUGGAAACUUUUAACGGACGCGGAGAAGCGGCCUUUCAUCGAUGAGGCCAAACGAUUGCGGGCCCUGCACAUGAAAGAAUACCCCGACUACAAAUAUAAACCCCGGCGCAAGAAUAAACCUCUUCUUAAAAAAGACACUCCCAUGGGUAAAUAUCCUCUCGCGGCUGGCAACCUGCUGGGGUCCGCUGUGGCACCGGGACAAGGUGGGAGUCCGAGAAUGGACAGUUAUGGCUGGGCUCACACAGGUGGUUAUAUGGGCAUGCAGGGUGAAACAUUAGGAUACCCGCAACAACUGCACCGCUACGAGCUGUCAGCUCUUCAGUAUCCCACGGCACAGACAUUCAUGAACGGCGCCAGCCCUUACAGCCAAAUGUCUUAUAGUGGCAGUCCUCAGCAGCCCAGUCCAGUGAUGUCUAUGGUUAAACCAGAACCUCUGUCACAUUCUCCCACUGGGGCACCCAACCACCACCGUGGUCCUUUCCAAGGGGAUCUGAGGGACAUGAUUAGCAUGUAUAUUCCAGGGGGUGAUGCCAGCGACGGCUCAAACCAGAGGGUCUACCCUGGCGUCCAACAGCACUAUCUUGGUGGAACGGUUCCCCUGACUCACAUCUGAAGUUUGGAAGAACUCAUUGGACCAUCUUGACCCUUAUUGGGAUCAAUGUGCCACAGUUAGUCUGUAUGGAUUACUGAUGGACGAAUAGGACACUUCUGAUUAUUUGCUACCUCCUUGCUUUGAAUGAUCCGAAGUAUGUUGAGACUUUUAGCCAGUUUAGAUGUUUGAGUCUACUGUUUCCCACUGUUUUUGCCGAUAUCACACUUUUAACUUGUUGCUUUUUAACUUCCUAAUUUCUUAUGAAUACUACUUCACAAUUCAGCGUAAUCUUUUAAUGUUUUUCUUUUAAUCCAGGUAUUGUAGCACAGCUGUCCCCUUUGUUCUUAUUCUGAUUUUAGGUUUUCUGUUUCAUGGUAUUCCGUUUGUUCAUGCGACAGUGGGCAUUUGUGCUAAAAUCUAACUUUGGUACAGAACAGGGUAACAUAUUGGGCACUAUUAAUACAGUUUACCAUGCAGUGAUGGUUGAAAUGGCCAGUGACAUACAAACCAUGAUGACCCUGAGAAAAACGCUUUUUUUUUUUCUGUGAACCCUGAUGCUCCUUUAUGGCCAGACUUGGUAGGCAAAGGCAGUAUCUGUGUUAUGGGUCAAGUUGACCUUUUAGUGCUUAAAACCAUAAGGGAUGAGAUGCAGUAGUAUCAAAGUACUUGGGACAAUCUCAGGAUUUUCCUUGCAUGAGUCGAAGGCAAGCGACAUUCGUUCAGCUGUUGCUUUUUAGCAGAUUAGAAAUUUUGCCCAAUUUAGAACAAAGGGGGAAAAAGUAAUUUUGCUGAACUAGUAGUCGCUUAAAUUUUUCAAUUUUUGAUGACAGCUGGAACUGAUUUACCACACCAGUGUGAGCAUUCUUUCUACUUAAUGAUUUAGUCCUUACAAAGAAUUUGCACUCCUGUAAAUGGUCAAAUUUCAGCCCAAUUUACAGAUUGCUAAAUGGUGAGUUUGUCUUGCUUGGCCUCACCCUGUUAUGGGCCAAACUCAAAUGCACUGACUCUUGCUAUCAGUAAAUGCACUUGGUUAGGAUAUGAGUUUUUUUUUACAUCUGGUCUGUCUCAUUCUACUGCAGCAUUAAGUCUGCCUCUGCUUACAGUAUAAUUGACCAGAAUGUUCAAUAGAGAGCACCUGACUGAAGUUGUUUUUGUACAGUGAAUUCAUCAGUCUUCGUUCUUUGGGUUUGAUUUGAAAUUGGUAAUCUGUGCAUAUGUGGUUUCAAUGGUGGUAAAAAUACAUUUGUCUGUGUGGCAUAUUGCUGUCCUGAAGCUGCAAUUGUUUAGAUACUAAUGUUUUGGUCAGUUAAGUAAUAAUUUAAGCUCAUAAUGGAAAAAGUUUACAUUGCCAUGGAAGUGAGUUUGCAGGGUUUUUUUUAAAAGUGGUUUUAAUAUAGGUUGUAAAUACAUUUUUGUACAGUGUAUAUUUGGCUCUUAUGAGGGCCAUUUUUACGUAAAAAAUUAAAGUGAUAUCAAGAA